CGGGCUGGCAAGAUGAAGGGCACAUACGUCAUCACGGGGGCGUCCUCAGGCAUCGGCCUCGCCCUGGCAGAAAGGUAAUCUGCACACUCCUUCAUCUGCUACACAGAUUCAUUGCUUGUGAGUCCUUCAGGCUGGCAGCGGUGCCUGACACACAUCUGCUGCUCACGGGCCGCUCGCUCGACAAGAUGGAGGGCAUCGCAUCCAAGGCCAUCAGACCCAAGCUGCAUGGCUCGUCGUUUGCCGACUGCUUCUCGCUGGACCUCUCAUCCUUCGCCUCCAUUGAGGGCUUUGCAGAGGCUGUCAAGAAGUGUGUGGCUGGUGAGGGGCUUGACGUGAUUGUUGGCAAUGCGGGGUUGCAGGACACGCAGUAUCGGACGACGCAGGAGGGCUUUGAGAUGACAUGGGGGUCCAACCACCUUGGGUGGGUGAGAGAGCAUGCAUGACUGCUCGGGCAGGCGAUGCGAUGGAAUGAUUGCAUUGCCGGUUUGUUUCCCAUUUGAAUGCCUGCAGGCAUUUCUAUCUGGUGCGUCUGCUGCUGCCGUUGUUCUAUGAAUGCACGGAGGGGAAGAAGGACGCGCAGAUCAUCAUGGUGAACAGAACAAGAGCCAACGACCGACGCCAGCCAAUCAAUCACACAGACAGCUCAGCUCCCUCUGCCUGGCUGCCUGUUUGUCCGCUCGUCAGGUGUCAUCGGGCACCCACGAUCCAGCCCGGAAGACGCCCGUGCCGCCGCCCAAGUUUGACAAGAUAGAGGACAUCGCAACAGUGCCGCACAUUCGCGUCGAUCCUACGCUCCCCGAGGAGGACAAGAAGGUGGGAAAACAGCCAAACCAAACAGCACAGCACACGGAUUGACGAUUUCUGUGUCUGUGUUCAGGCGCAGUUGGCUGCGAAUGAGAAGGAGUACAAUGGGUUGCGCGCUUACUCGCAGUCGAAGCUCUGCAAUGUUUUCUUUGCCUAUGAGCUGUCACGGCGGCUCCAGGGGCUGUGCCAGGCAGGUGGCAAGGGCGGAUCGAGAAAGAUAUACACUAUCGCAUAUGACCCUGUAAGUGCCAGCACAAACAAGACCGAUGCGAUGCGAUGCCAUGCACACACAUUACGUUAUGUGUGCUGGCUUUUCUCGAUGUGAUGGAUGUUUGGUUCAGGGAUGGAUCCCAGACACCGCCUUGAUGCGGAACAGCGUCAUCCGCUACCUGGUUCCCGUUCUGGCCCCCAUCAUCCGCAUGACGUCGCGCAUGGCGAGCACCACUGAGCACACCAGCCUCUGGAUGUGUAAGCUGGUGACGGGGGAGGUGCUGCCCGUGCCCGAUGGCUGCUACUGGAGCGUCGACCGGGAAGAGAGGAGUAGCGAACUGAGCUAUGACGAGAGGCUGCAGAAGGAGUUGUGGGAUAUGAGUUGUCGAUUUACCAGAUUGGGGGAAGAGCUGGCUGUCUGAGACAGAUAGAGGGCCCACCCCCAGCUUUUUGUGUGUCGACAUUUGUGCAAUAAAUGGCUUUCGUGUGAGGUUCGUGUGCGUGUGAG